AGUGAAUGAUAUAUUUCUUAAAAUUUACUCUUAUAAGUUAUGAGAUGGGGGAAAAAAUGACAUGCAAACAGAUAAUUGGGUCAUAUUUCACAACUAAUUUGUUCUCUAUAGUUAUUAUUAUUAUUUCUAUGUAUAAAAGACUUUCUCUCAUGAGUUGUCAAAAUGUUAAUAUAAAUUGGACCAGAAAGGUAUGACAGGUUCAUCAAUUUGUAAUUAAGAAAAAAAUAUCCAACAAAAAGUUAAGAUAGCCAAAAUAUGGUGUUUUUUAAAUUAAAACCCAAAAAAUAUAUAUAUUCAAAAUAGGCCAUAAUCAGAAGUUCAUCAUUAUCUAAUCUAAACUAGAUUCUUUCCAAGUUUUUUUUCACAAUAAUACAAAAAAAUAAUAAAAAUCAAGUCAUACCAUAGUAGCUCAAUUAACUACCAAAAAGCCUUAGUUCUCUUGAAACAAAAUUAUAUGGUUAUUGAACAGAUUAUAUAUAUAUUGGAGUUUAGAAAAGAUUACUCAAGAUAACUGAUGCUAAAUUAUAAACACUUUCAACCAAAUUUGAUUAAAACAAAAAUCAAUAAUACGUUUUUUGGUAGAAUAUUAGAUAGGUAAAAGCAAAUAUUAAAUAACAGUAGAUUUUGUAUUUAGAUUUGUUCUAUAAACAAAAACGAUGAUACAAUGAUCAAUCAAUUUCUUGCUGAAUAAUAUACUCUGUUUCUUAGUAAAGUCUCGAAGCUUUUGGGUUUUAAAUAUUGAGUUGUUUUGUUUUCAAAAGAUCUGAGAUUGUAGAGCUUUAUAAAUCAUAUGAGUAUUGCAUAUCGGAAUUGGUUCCUCAGUGCCAAUAUCUGAGAUGUCAAUGGAAAGUCAAGUCGAAGAAAAGCUUUGCUCAAAUAGAGCAGAGAGAGGUCAUCAGUCAGGCUGGAUAUCUGGGAUUUUCAGAAGGAAGAAGAAGAUACCAUCACAAGAAGAUGGUGAUAGUGAACAUCACAUAUCUGAAGAUUCUCGUUUGGUGAGAAGACACAAAGCCAAGAAUCUGCAUUUUUCUCUUUCUGAGAUCAUGAGGAAGCUGAAACAUGCAAUCAGAAAAGAGAAACUGCAGCACGCCCAUAGAUUGUUGGAGAAGAAGAAAAGCUUUCAGAAGAGUUUGUCAACUAAAGAUCAUUUCUUUCUCGAGCGCAUGACUUCAAUAUCUCGGAAGAGAUCUCAUCGAGAACACUACGACAGCGAGAAACAUCUCUCUGAGAUGUUAAGAAAUCAAAGGACGACCGUAUGGCUUCCCGAGUAUUCGUCUCCUUUCUGCAGCCCGGGAAGAAUAUGGGACCAGAAUUCAACCGUGCUUUCGAGAUCUUCUUCAGAUGAUUUCAUGAACUCUGAAACAGUUGCAGAUGAUUUCUUAACUAUCAAAGAGAUAGAUUCUGCUUCACCACUCGAAGCUAUUAGCCCUUUCAUAUCCAAAAGCAAUCAGAUUGCUGCUGAGAUAUCAAAAGUUGAAGCUCAUGGUGGAGAGAAUGAGGGUGGAAUCUUGGAAGAGCCGCUAUUCAUUGAAAAUCCAGCAAGAGGUGAAGCAAAGAUACAAAAACCUCAGUGUAGCCAAUUGCAAGAAGAUACCGGUGGGAUGGAUGACAAAGAAUCUGUGUUUAAGUACAUAAAAGCGGUGUUGGAUGCAAUAGACUCGAACUGGGAAGAGCUGUAUCUGAAAACGGAAUCCUCUGACCAGCUUCUUUAUCCAGCAUUGAUCAGCAACAUACCAUUCUAUCCAAAUAAGCUUUGUUCAGACCACGAGCUCCUCUUUGACGGCAUCAAUGAAGUUCUCUUCGAUUUCUGCAGGUAUCCUCAAUGGGUUUCCUUUGUAAAACCCAGAAGCCAAGUCUUGGCAUUUAGCAUUGAAAGCAUUGUUAGCGAGGUUCAAGAAAAGGUUUAUCAUCAUCUCUUGCCAAUGCAAAUCCCUAGACCGUUGGACCAAAUAGUUAGAGAAGAGAUGGCUACACCCAGGAGCUGGUUAGACACUAGAUGUGACCUCGAGUGCAUUGGCUUUGAGACUAGCGAAUUGAUUCUAGAUGAACUAGUGGAAGAAGUCAUGAGUGAGACUUGGGAAGAGGGGAUGAUCAAAAAUGGUUAUUGCAUAAAAGAGAUAUGUAGAAACUAGUAGUAUUCAAGAUUCUUUAAAUAAAGUACUAGACAGAAAUUUUGGGAACAGAAUGGGUAUGUUGGCAAAAUUCGAAACCAAACACUCAUGUUGGAAGUAUGUGCUGCAUCCCAGCCUACUACUAUUGCAUGAAUGUUAAUGUUUGAUCUAUGUUCCAAUGUAAUCAGUUUUUGAGAAUUACUAUUGUAGAAAGAGCUAUUAUAAGCCCGCAUAAAUGUUGUUAUGA